AUGACCACACGGGAAGGUCUUCAUAUCCUUUGCUUUGGAGCUAGUCUCACGGCCGGAUAUUUGAAGUCAGGUGCAUUGUAUCACCCUUAUGCAGGUGCAUUGGAAGUUGCACUCAACAAGGCUUUCCCUUCUGUAAAUAUUACAAUCGAUGUCCAGGGUCUGAGUGGCGACGAUGUGAUAAGUCCCCCUGGUGGAUUCUUACCAAGGAUGGAUAUAUUGUACGAAGAGGCACAUCCCGCUCACCCCUAUACACACGCCGUAAUCCUUGGUGGAACAAAUGACCUAGUCCACCUACGGCAUUCUCGAGAAAUCUACCAAGCCCUUCAAGCUGUCUGGGCCAUCCCUCUAUCGCACAAUACCACUGUAAUCGCCCUUACCAUUCCAGAAUGUCCAGGGUGCAGCCAAGUCCCCGCUGCGCGGUUGGAUAGAUUGAAUGCCGCAAUUAUGAAGAGGGGCGGAUGUGUAGAAGACGGCGGGAAAUUCUACACACUUGAUUUACAUGCUAGGAUCCCGUAUGUGGAUUUGCACGAGGAAGAGAGGAGUGAGAUAUGGGGUGAUGGCGUGCAUUUUACAGCCAAGGGGUAUGAUCUGAUGGGCAAUAUUAUUGCAGAGAAAAUCAUUAACUUAGUUGCUUCGGAAAUGGAAGAACUCGGAGAAGUGGACGAGGUUGAGACUAAGCAUAAAAACGUGGAGACGAACAAGAUAUAUAGACUGAAAGACGACGGUAAAUCCGAACGAAAUUUCGAAGGGAAGUUGCUGAGGAGUGGGAGGGUAUUGUGA